AUGAACGUCUGCAUUCAGCCACAGGAAGAACUCUCGAAGAGGACGGGUGGCUGGGUUCCGCCGUCCGCCAGCUUUGCAAUCGGUCUGUCAGACCGGAGGAAAGUCCGAUGGAUGAUCCAGCGUGUCGCAGGCGAUGCGGCUCUGGACCAAGGGGCCCUUCCCCUGAUCUCCGAUUUCCAAUCUGAGCGCCUAGAAUUUCAUUCUGAAAAUGAAGCGGCCGAACUCGUGAUGCGCCCCCGCUCAAUUUCGAGAGCUGCAGUGGCUGCGCUCAGCGAAAGGCACGGGGUCUCUCGAUCCUGGUCUGUUGAGAGAAACACAGCCACUGCCGCCUCGGGGAUGAGAGCGAGAGAUGCGCAGUCAUGUCUCCAGCUCUCACCGCAACUUCUCUCGAGGUUCUCUCGAUUGGAGAUCAGUCAACCAGGGGGAGAAGUAUAG